CGGUGCAUCCCGCGUCCAGCUUGCCUGACCCACCUUUUUUGACAUCGCAGCCCCACCCUUCCGUAUAAAUUAGCAACCCACCCCUCGCUCCCCUCAUUCCUAUGCCACAGAGCACUGGCCUAGCACCCCGGAAGUUCUUGUGAUUUGCCAACAGGUCCCUCCUUUCCCUGCCCAUGGAAAGGCGUCAGGGCUUCCUCGCGGCGCUGCGGGAGGAGGUGGCGCGCGGGCUGUCGCCGGCGAGGAUGCGCCGGAAGUUGGAGGCUGCUGAGCUGGCCGCGGCUCUUAGGUUCACCGGAGGGGUUGGUGGUGGUGGAGGAGGAGGUGGAGAGAUGCUGGCGCCGCUCAUGGAGGGACCCGAUCCGGAGUCCGGCGACGACGAGCGCGGUGGCGAAGGAGGGACGCGCACGCGGAAGGAAGGGUGGGGCCAGUGGGUGCGCGGCCAGCUCGCUCGCGCCCCGUCCUUGGUGACCGUGGCCGGCGCCGGCGCCGGCGCGGCGCGCAACGACCUCAGGCUGCUGCUCGGCGUCAUGGGCGCGCCGCUCGCGCCCGUGCACGUCUGCGCCGCCGAGCCGCUUCCCCACCUCAGUGUCAAGGAUACUCCCAUUGAGACCUCGUCCGCACAGUACAUCCUGCAGCAGUACCUUGCGGCCUCUGGAGGACACAAGCUUCUGGCGUCCGUGCGCAAUGCCUACACCAUGGGCAAGGUGCGCAUGGUGGCCACGGAGUUCGAGACCGCCGGCCGCCUUGUGAAGAAUCGCAAUGCCGGACGUGGCGCCGAGCCUGGCCGCUUCGUGCUGUGGCAGAUGGCUCCUAAUAUGUGGUACAUCGAGCUGGCUGUCGGUGGGAGCAAGGUGCACGCAGGGUGCAAUGGCAAGCUCGUGUGGCGCCACACCCCAUGGCUCGGUGCCCAUGCUGCGAAGGGCCCUGUUCGCUCGCUUCGCCGUGCCCUUCAGGGGUUGGAUCCAUUGACCACGGUGAGCAUGUUUGCUGGUGCUCGGUGCAUUGGGGAGAGGAAGGUGAAUUGCGAAGAUUGCUUCAUCCUGAAACUGAGCACAGACCCUGAGACCCUCAAGGCACGCAGCGACGGCCUUGCAGAGAUCAUCAGGCAUGUGAUGUUUGGGUACUUCAGCCAGAGGACUGGUCUUCUUGUCCACAUUGAGGAUUCACAUCUGACUCGAAUUCAGUCAACUACUGGAGGAGAUGCAGUCUAUUGGGAGACUACCAUCAAUUCGUACAUUGAGGACUACCGUCCGGUGGAGGGUAUCAUGGUUGCGCAUUCUGGGCGCUCGUCUGUGACACUGUUCCGGUUCGGUGAGGUGGCCAUGAGCCGCACAAAGACCAGUAUGGAGGAGGCGUGGAGCAUUGAGGAGGUCGCGUUCAAUGUUCCAGGGCUGUCCAUGGACUGUUUCAUCCCACCCACUGAUAUCAAGUCUGGAUCUGUUGGCGAAAUUAUGGAGCUUUCUCAUGGCGAGAGGAGCAAGGUCGGUCCUCCCCCCAGCCAUCGUGCUAAAGUUGCUGCACUGGAGAAGGCUGAAGGCGAUAAAGUGGCAUGGAGCGGAACCAUACUCGAGGAUCACAACUGAUCUGCAGUCUGUUCAUACAUGGGUUUGGAGUUGGAUCUAGUGUAGGAGAGAAACAAGUGAAAUGAGUUUAGAGUUUGGUAAAUCCAAAUGCCUUCUGUGUAUAGAAAGCAUGAGGCAUUACAAAGUCUUGCAUAUGGUUCAGGAGGAUCUGUGUGAAGCAUCCUGUCUAAUCUCAUCCAUAGACAUGGUAGUAGGUAGCCUUUUUUGCUACUUCAAGCUUUUUUGUCAGUACCUAGUGAAAGAACUUAGGUGCGUUCUCUGUCCCAACCACAUGAGAAAGGUCAUUGUGGUGGUGCUGUUGGCUCUCUUUUAGCGAAACUAAUUGAUCACUGUCGUCAGCAGGGAAGGAGGAUUUGCUCACCGGCAGCCGACAGUGAUUUAGUUGUCGUUGCUGGCGGUUCUCUGUGCUUUGCUUGGUGAUGGUUUCUGGUCAAGCUAACUUCUCAGAAAAAGUAGAACAUCUUAGGUUGUUACUUGUGUUUUAGUACUGAGUAGAACCUCAGGAUGGUUGUUCCUACUUAUCAGUAUCUCAACAGUAAGUUUUUGUGUCCUGAA